AUGGAGUCCAGAAUCAAGGAAAGCCCAGAAUCUGUUUUUGAGGUAUAUAUGGAGGUUGUCAGUCCAGGCACACAAAGCACAGGUCCUGAAAUCCAAAGGAAAUUCCCAGAAGACUUCCAAGAUGAGGAAACUAUUAAGACCGUGCCAAAGUUCUGCUUUCCACUUUCUUUGGAUAGUGUCACAGUCAACCAAACGGAUCAGCAUUUCACAUUUGUACUGACGGACAUCAACAGUAAACACAAAUUUGGAUUUUGUCGCCUGUCCUCAAGUUCACACACCUGCUACUGCAUUGUUAGCUACCUGCCCUGGUUUGAUGUGUAUUAUAAACUGCUAAAUAUCAUUGCAGAUUACACUGUUAUUGGCCAGGAAGCUAUUUUACAAGACCUCCUGGUGUCUUUACACAGCCUUUCCAUUCCUGAGCCUGGUGUUCCUGUUCAAAUUGCAAGGCAUUUCUACUUCACUGUACCUGACCUAAAAGAGCUCCCCAGAAUCCCAGAAAAUAGGAACCUUACAGAGUACUUUGUAGCAGUAGACGUCAAUAACAUGCUACAACUCUACGCUAGUAUGCUUCAUGAACGUCGGAUCCUCAUCUGCUGUAGCACGCUAAGCACUUUAACAGCUUGUGUCCAUGGGUCUGCUGCCAUGUUAUAUCCAAUGCACUGGCAACAUGUUUACAUUCCAGUCCUGCCUCAGCACCUAUUAGACUACUGCUGUGCUCCAAUGCCCUAUCUUAUCGGAGUCCAUUCCAGCCUAAUGGGGAAAAUUCAAGGACUGGCUAUCGAGGAUGUAGUGAUUUUGAAUGUGGACAACAACACACUUGAAACUCCUUAUAAUGACCUUCAAAGCCUACCCCAUGAUGUGGUUUCAUCUUUAAAAAAUCGUCUGAAGAAGUUUUCAACUACCCCAGGCGAUGGUGUGGCCCGUGCCUUCCUCAAGAGUCAGGCCGCUCUGUUCGGCAGCUACCGAAAUGCUCUUCAAAUUGAGUUGGGUGAACCAAUAACAUUCAAUGAAGACACUUUUGUAAAUCAUCGAUUGAGUGCCAUGAGAGAAUUCCUUCAGAGUGCCAUUCACCUUCAACUGUUCAAACAGUUCAUUGAUGGCCGUUUGGAACUAUUAAACUCUGGAGAAGGUUUCAGUGACAUUUUUGAGGAGGAGAUCAGCAAAGGCGAUUAUGCAGGAAGUGACAAAUCCUAUCACCAGUGGCUAAUCACUGUGAAGAAAGGAAGCGGAGCUAUUUUGAACACAGUGAAGACCAAGGCAAACCCAGCCAUGAAGACUGCUUACAAAUUUGCUAAAGACCAUGCCAAAAUGGGUAUUAAGGAAGUAAAGAGCCGACUAAAGCAUAAGGAAAAUACAGAUAACGGACCAGGAAUUGUUGACGAGGGCAAUGAUUUUGUUGUAAAGAGAUUUGAGAGCGAGGGGACACAGCAAACAUUGGAUGAACACAGAAUGAAUUUCAUGUUUUCUUUUCCACAGUCACCUAUGCUGUUGAAGAAAACAAAUAGUAAUGAGAGUCUGGAAAGUCCUCAAGACCAGUCACAGAGAUACUACUCACUGAGGGAGGUUGAGUGGAUAGAAGAUCACGAUUCUAAUUUGGGUCUCGAAUGUCGCCGCCCGUUUCAAAAGAACCUCGCCAAUGCCAGCAAACUAGCACAUUUCUUCAGCCGCCUGGACGAGCAUGAUGGCCAACCUCUUCCUUUGGCUAAAAGUCUUGAGGACCUGAAGAGUCUGAAAGACUAUGAAAAGCUUCAAAGCAAGUUCACUUGUGAGCGAAUGGACCUUAGUUUCAGUGAACACUCACAAAUACCUUUGAGCCUGAAGCUCCCCAACACUUACAACAAGCUGUUGGAUAUAGAACCAGAUCAAUCAGAAGUUUCCUUUUGGGACCACCCAACCUGCAAGAAAACUCAAUCAGCUCAACUUCUCACACAGAAAAAUGAUCACAACAGUCACAGUACAGGUCUUGAACCACCAGACUCGUCCGCUCCUGACAAUAUUACCAUACCUCGUCCUCACGGAAGGAAGAGCGCUGAACUUGGAACUGUGUUAGCUCCACUUUCCGGCCAAUCUCAAUCAAAACCGUCUAAUGGGGAAAGGACAAAAACAGGAGGUCAUGGAUUUCAGACCUCAGACGCGUUCAACCUUGCAGAGGAUCACGAUCACGUGGAUUUGAUAAGCCUUCUGGACCCCCUAAAUAAAUCCUCACAGAUAAGUUCCGCAUCAACGGGGGAAGAAAUGAAUAUUGGAGUGUUUACAUCAUCUUGUGAAUCAACAAUCCCUCCUCGGGCUUACCCAAUGAGCCAACCUCCCUUUCAGCCGCAUCAUCACAUAUCACCUUCUGUCUUUACUCAGCCUGUCCAGAAUUCCCUCACCCAAAUGCAGUAUUUGUCAAGUCCGAGGAGUACACCUUUUAGUGCAGUGUAUGAACAACCAAGUGGUUCCUAUCUCCACAAUCCAACCAAGUCACAUCCUCACCCUGCGCUCUCAGAAGUCUCUAAACAACACUUGAUUAACAGUCCAACGCUUCUUCCCAGUUACCGAAUGGGUAAGCCUUACCCAUAUAUCCAGCAGACUCACUUAUCAACCAGCAAUAAUACGCUUUCAGGACUUUCAGACUCAGUCCUGGUCCCAAGUACUGCUCCCAACUCACUCGCAAGACAACUUCAAGAUGGCAACCAGAAACCUCAGGAUCCUUUUGGUGACCUUCUGACGAUGAUUCAACCAACUAUACCUCUUCAAAAGAGCACGGAUCAGCCUCAGAAGGGGUGGGAAACAUUUGAGUAA